AAGAAACAACACCAGAGAGCAGAGAGAGCAAGAAGAGAAAAAAGAGAGAGAGCUAGUAGUUAGUAGUAGUAGCCAUGUUCUUGAACCUUUUCACCAUCUUCUUGUUCAGCUUCUUUUAUCAAUCACUAAAAGCUUCUUCUCAGACUCUCAAUUUCGCUUACAACAAUGGUUUUAACCCACCGACGGAUAUAUCCAUACAAGGGAUCACCACCGUCACACCCAACGGUCUCCUGAAGCUAACCAACACUACCGUUCAAAAAACCGGUCAUGCUUUCUAUACCAAACCAAUCCGGUUCAAAGAUUCUCCCAACGGCACCGUUUCUUCCUUCUCCACGACGUUCGUCUUCGCUAUUCACUCUCAGAUCCCUAUACUCAGCGGCCAUGGCAUCGCUUUCGUCGUCGCUCCUAACCCAAGCAUUCCUUUUGGUAAUCCAAGCCAAUACUUGGGUCUUUUCAACAUCACGAACAACGGUAAUGACACAAAUCAUAUCUUUGCUGUGGAAUUGGAUACGAUCUUGAGUACAGAGUUCAAUGAUACCAACGAUAACCAUGUUGGUAUCGAUAUCAAUAGUUUAAAGUCGGAGAAUAGUAAACCAGCUGGGUGGUGGAACGAGAAAGGCCAGUUCAAGAAUCUCACUUUGAUCAGUCGUAAGCCGAUGCAGGUUUGGGUCGAUUACGAUGGUCCUACUCAUAAAAUCGAUGUCACGAUGGCUCCGUUCAACGAGGAUAAACCUCUGAAGCCGCUUGUUUCGGCUGUUAGAGAUCUUUCUUCUGUUCUUCUCCAAGACAUGUAUGUUGGGUUUUCCUCUGCGACAGGUUCUGUUCUGUCGGAACAUUUUGUUCUCGGGUGGAGUUUCGGGUUGAACGAAAAGGCUCCACCUUUGGCUUUAUCGAGACUCCCGAAGCUUCCUCGGUUCGUGCCUAAGAAGAUCGCCGAGUUCUACAAGAUCGGGAUGCCUUUGAUUUCCCUGUUUUUGAUUUUCUCGUUCAUCUUCCUCGUUUGCUACUUCGUGAGGAGGAAGAGAAAAUUCGCGGAGGAGCUCGACGACUGGGAAAAAGAGUUUGGGAAGAACAGAUUCAGGUUCAAGGACUUGUACUACGCGACCAAAGGGUUCAAAGAGAAGGAUCUUCUUGGAUCCGGUGGGUUUGGGAGUGUUUACAAAGGACUGAUGCCGGAUACGAAGUUAGAGAUCGCUGUUAAAAAAGUCUCGCACGAGUCUCGACAAGGGAUGAAAGAGUUUGUGGCGGAGAUCGUCAGUAUUGGUCGGAUGAGUCACCGGAAUUUAGUUCCUCUCUUGGGUUACUGUCGUAGGAGAGGUGAGCUUCUUCUUGUGUAUGACUACAUGCCCAAUGGAAGCUUAGACAAGUAUUUGUACAACACUCCCGAGGUAACGCUCAACUGGAAACAGAGGAUUAAGGUUAUUCUAGGCGUUGCCUCUGGCUUAUUCUAUCUCCAUGAGGAAUGGGAACAAGUGGUGAUUCACCGUGACGUCAAAGCUAGCAACGUCUUGCUAGACGGAGAGCUCAACGGGAGACUCGGGGAUUUCGGUUUGGCUCGGUUGUAUGAUCACGGGUCGGAUCCUCAGACCACGCACGUUGUUGGAACAUUGGGAUACUUAGCUCCUGAACACACUCGGACAGGACGUGCCACGACUGCUACCGAUGUUUUCGCGUUUGGGGCCUUCUUACUAGAAGUCGCUUGCGGUAGACGUCCCAUCGAGAUCCAGCAUGAGACAGACGAGACGUUCUUGCUCGUGGAUUGGGUUUUCGGGUUAUGGAACAAGGGUAAUAUCUUGGCUGCUAAAGAUCUGAAUAUGGGUUCAGAAUAUGACGAGAAAGAGGUCGAAAUGGUUCUGAAGCUAGGUCUCUUGUGCUCUCACUCCGACCCAAGGGCUAGACCAACUAUGAGACAAGUGCUACAUUAUCUAAGAGGAGAUGCAAAGUUACCAGAUUUGUCUCCGUUGGACUUAUCCGGGAGUGGGAUGAUGUUUGGCGUUCAUGACGGGUUUAGUGAAUUAGGAAUGUCGUAUUCCUCCUCCGUCUUUAAAGGGUUUACCGGUGGAUCUUCCAUAGCUGAUUCUCAACUUUCGGGAGGGAGAUGAUUAAGAUGUUUUGAAGUUAUAUGAAUGUUAUCUAUAUGUCGAUAGUGAGGUUUUGAAUAUUUGAACCUUUUUGUGUGUUUUGCAUUUUGAUAUGUAGAGACUGAUGAGAUAUGAGACUAUUGUAUAUAUACUUCAGCAUAUUUUGAAGUUACUACCUAAAGAAUAUAAUGGCCACAUGAUAACA